GCGUCGCACUAGGUCGCCUAGCGGUUCACUGUCAACCUUAGCUGUGUCUUACACCCAUACAGGAUUAUAGCUCGCGAGUUGCUUGCACAGACCCACAACAUGGGAGUUACUCCUCAAACACAUUAUGAAGAAGUCAGUUUUAUAGCGCAAAAAGGCCCACAGAAAUCCCUAUAUCUGUGUUCAUCUUUGGCGUGUUUAGCAGUGCUGAUUUUGUCGAUGACGUUAAAUGUAGGUUUGGGAGCGUUUGUUAUCUACAAGAUGAGACACGAGGAAUCUGGUGUAUCGCUUGGUUCUGGCGUGGAAAAGCGACCGGAUAUUGCUGACUCUGUAUGUGUGCCAUGUGACUCUCUACAUGCUCCUCACCUGGAAAGGGCGCCGUUGGAGAAUCAGGUCAAGGUCAUAAGUCUGGGUCAAAGGUCACUGUGCUGUUUGGAGAAUACAAUGGGUCUCGCGAUGUAUAUGAAUAUUGUAGUCGGAGAAUAUUACCAUUACGUAAAUGGUGGCCUUCAGAUCAACAAGGGUAGACCAGCGGCACAUCAGUAUCUUGACACAAACAGCGUCACAGAUCAACAUCUUCAGUGGGACUCUUCCUCUGGGUAUGGUGCGGCACAUAUGUCAGGGGACGUUACCUAUAGCAACGGGCGCCUACACGUGCCCCGUGACGGCAUGUACUACAUCUACUCCUUCCUGACAAUACGAAGCGACGCCGAUACAAACGACGACCCCAACAUCAUCCACAGUGUCCAGAAGUACAACCCUGACCGGAUGGACACAGACAACCACCUCCUCCUCAUGGGCAAGACUACACUGAAGGACAAAGAUGAGCAGUUCACCAACAGUUUCUUGGCGGCAAAUUUGAAAUUGAAAAAGAAUGAUGAACUAUUUGUUAACUUAUCAAACUCUUCCUUGAUAUACAAAUUCCCUCUUGCUAAUUAUUUCGGAAUCCUCAUGUUGUGAUAUCAGUUCUUAACUGUGUCCAGUUACACAACUUAUAAGGAUAGCUCCCACAUUUCAUAUUUAAUGAACGGGACGUGUCAUUCCAAAGGUAAAAGGACGUCAGUGAGCGAUGUUCACGGAGUAGAUGACUUUACUCGACACGUGACCAAAGUAUAAAUACGGGAAUUCCACAAGGACACUGUGCUUGCCGGCUAUGUUGUACUGUGAGAUAAUCUUAGACUCAUGAUACCAAGCAGCGCACAGAGAUACCCUUAGUUGUGCAGUAGUGGUUCCACUACUUACUAUUACGGGCUCCUUUGAUCAGCUGUCACGGAUGUGCCGAUCGUGUAUCUAAAACCACUAUUGGCCUCGGUGAUGACCCUUCACAUGCCUUUACCCCUUUUGAGUCGAUCAUGUACCCUUGUCAGGAAGACCCUGAUUUUCAGUGAUCCCUUCACGGAAUUUUCACCACUAUUGUGCCACUCCAAACAGAACCUGGUUAUGAUAGUUUUCCACGGCUGACGUUUCAUAUUAUGAAAAUUGAUCGGCAAGAAUACUGUUCAAAGUGCCGUUAUAGGAAAACUCGUUCUUUCCAGCGACUCUUUUGCGAUUGUGAAUGACUGGCCACCAUGAUACAAUAGGUACAUGUUGUAACAACCAAAGUUUUGAAACUAUAUCACGAUAUUCAUCUCCACAGCUACCCACCAUUAUGUCACAGUUCUAGUUUGAGGGCUUCUAAAUGUGACGGACCUUCAUGCUCCGGACACUUUAAUUUCAAGUUAUAUAUGUAUUUGUCAUUCUCUUAGUAGAAUCAGGUCGUUGCGAUUGUAAAUGUGUUGCUGACAUGUUAAAGUAUAAUAAAUUAUAAUUUGCAUUGAG